AUCCCCUGCUCCCGCCUCAGCUGAAGCCGUACAGCUGUUGCCUGAGUAGGGAAAGGGAUUGGAUUUCACGGGCUGUGUAAUCUGCGACAGCGCUCUUUGCCUUGGGGAUAGCAGCGAGCCUCACCCCGGCUCAGCCAUCCCCUUUCUGCCCGUGAGCAACGCCCCGGCCGACAUAGAAGGAAAAUUGUUUGCUGAAUUUCUGCACAGCCCUCCUUCCAAUUGCUGAAGAGAGAGGGGGAGUGAGAAAGAGAGAGAGUUUAAGGCAGGCUCUGCACUGGUGUUCUGGGCUAUUUCAACUUCAGGGCAACUUUAGAGAACUUCAGUUAUUUUUGGUUCUGGACGACAGCUGAGACCGCCUGAGCCCCCAGGAGAUGCUGAUGCUGUUGCAGAUGCAGAGGAUGAAGAUUCUGUUAAUGAAGUGGCAGUAGAAGACAUACGUCCAAGGCCACAAGGAUCCUCUCCAGUUUAUGAGUAUCCUGUAGAAGAAGACUAUUUAAAGCUUCAAGAAGAAAACAAAAAACAUUCUACAGACAAAUCAAAACAGAGUCAUCCACAGGAGACAAUGGAAGUGACCCUGAAAACAGAAGUGGAAGCUGGUGCUAGUGGUUUUAGUGUGAAAGGUGGAGGAAAUGAAGGAAUAUUUAUUAAAAGAGUACUUAAGGAAUCUCCUGCUUCAAAAAUAUUUAGUCUUAGAGAAGGUGAUCAGCUUCUAAGUGCUACAAUAUUUUUUGAUAAUAUCAAAUAUGAAGAUGCACUGAAGAUUCUCCAGUAUUCCGAGCCAUACAGAGUCCAGUUCAGCCUCAAAAGAAAAAUUGCUGUGCAAGAAGAUCCAGAACACUCUACAGCCCAGCACAAAAAGGAAAGGAUAGGCCAGGAAAAAGAGCUCAGUGACAGCAUUCCUGAAGAAGCACUGCAUGCUUCAGGAAAAGCCAUUUCAGAAGAAGACAGGGAAACAUUAAUUGUAAGCCAAAGGAUAGGAAGAAGUAAGAGACCUAAAAAAGAUAGAUUAUCAUGGCCGAAAUUUCAAUCAAUCAAAAAUAAAAAGAUACUGAGGCACAGAAGAUCUCAUAGUACAUCAGAUGCAUAUGAGCCUGCUAUACAGGAUAUUUCCCCUACAAGCACGGACACGGAGUCUCAAUAUCCACAAGAGGUCCAUACCAAAGAGAAAAAAGGAAGCCAAAGGAAGCUGAAGUUCCCUAGCAUUGGAUUCAGAAUGCACAGGUCCAAAGCAGAACCACAAGAGAAGCAAAAAAAAGAAAUAAAAACUACACUGAUCACUGAAAGAGAAAAAAUGCAUAAAGAUGAUAUAAGCCUGGAAAAUCCUGAAAUCCUAACAGUUGAAUAUACCACAUCUCCUGCUUAUGAAAUGAAAACAGGUGAGGGACAUGAAACUUUAACAAAAGACUUAAAAGAGAUGAAAAAUGGCAUUCCAUCUCAUGUAAAACAAUGCCCUGAAGUUGAAAUAAGCAUUAAAAAAGAAAAAGACAAGGAAGCAACAUCAGAAUUCAGUGUACCUGAAGUACCAGACAUAACAAUAGAGAUACCAAAGCCCAGUUUAGAAACAGCUGAUCUGAAAGUAAGCCCAACUAAAAAAUCACCACAAGCCUCAUCAAAAUCCCGAAAAAAGAAACAGAAAGGAGCAGCAGAUAAAAAAGACAGAGAAAGUGGAAUUAACAUAGACUUGAUGGGUCACACAGCUAAAGAACCUGUGCAGGUAAAAGGCCUAGAAAUAGGCACUGCUAAAGCUGAAUUACAGACAUCUGACACACUGAAAAGAGGAGACAAACAAACAGAAGAAGACAAACAAAUCCUAAAUAUUCAGAAAAUAAACUAUGGAAUUUCAAUGCCCAAAAGAAAAGAGACAGAGACUGACACCACCAAACAGGGAAGCGACGUUCCACAGUCAGAACCAGAAAAAACGGCUGAUAUGACUUCACAGGACAGCAUGAAAUUCAAUGUGAAAACUCUUAUGCUGGAUGGAGAAUCAGAAGUGUCUACUUGGAAAAUACAAAUUCCAUCAUUCAAAGAGGCCAAAGCACCAAAAACUGACAUGAAAAUAUCAAGAGAUGAAAGAAAAGAGGACACAGAAGAAAGGGUAAAAAAGGAAGGGAUAGAGGAAGAUGGCAUGCCCACAAAUGACAAAGCCUUAAACAUAGAAAUUGGGAUGAAGACAGGAGAAAAAGAUACAGAGGGGAAAGAAAGCAAAUUCAGACUACCGAAGUUAAAAUUCCCUACAUUUACCUGGUCGACUAAUAAGGAAGAAACAGCCAUAACUGAAGCACAGAUAAAUGAAAGAGAAAUAAAACUGGAAACCCAAGAAAAUGCAGAAGGACUUCAGAUAAGUGGAACAACAGGAGAAAUCAUGGUACCACGAGCACAGAUAGAAACAGGAAUAUCUAUAGGAAAAGAGGAUGAAAAAGGCAUAAAACAAAAGACAACACAACAGAUGCCUA